AAGAGUUCAGAGAAACUAAGCCUUGAGAGAACAGCAACAGAGGUAUAGAUGCUGCUCAGAAAAACCAUACAGAAAACAAGGAACUUUUUCAACAAAACCCUCCAAAACUUCAAGUCCUUAAUCUUUCGAAGAUAUAAAAAGCUUACGAAAGCCCCUUCUUUGAACCUUUUCUCUGCAAAUCUCAACAACCCAAAAAUGCAGCAACUCGACAACUUCUACAAAGAGUUCUGUGAGCAGUGGGAUCACGCCGGCAACCAAAAUAGCCAAGAGAAAGGAGACAUUGAAUCAAAUACAAAUGUGAUCAACUCAGAAGAAGAAAGAAUACCGAAUAACAGUAACGGAAAGAAAUCAGCAGUUACUAGUAGGAGGGUCGAAGAAGAUGAAGAUGUUGGUUGCUCUCAAAAUGGUCAAAAUAGAGAUGUUUUGGAGCAAAAAAUGAAGGAAUUGGAGAUGAUGGAUAUGAAGGAUGAGGAGCAUGUGUUAGAUAUAGAAGAGGUACUUCAUUCCUAUUCUCUUCUUACCAGCCCAAUUUACCAAGGUCUUGUUGACAAAUUCUUCACAGAUAUGUACUCUGAAUUCUUUCUUCCACAACCAUCUAUAAGAACUAAUAGCAUCAAUAGUUCCAUGAGGAAACUAGGCCCUUUAAACAUCUAGAUGCUUGCUGCUGGUUUCAUGCUAGAAUGGCUAAGUUUAGUGUGUGGAUUUGGGUGUUUGUGUGUGUUUUCUUGGUCUUAGAUUUCGAUAAUUGCCCUUUUUUUACAUUGAUAUGGAAUGUUGUUUAUGAAUUGUGUAGCUAUAUCUUCACAUACAACUAUGAUUCUAUACAGAACCCUUCUUUUU